AUGGUUCAAGAGACGACAGAGAAGAUAAGGAUUAUCCAAGACCGUUUGAGAACGACACAAAGUCGACAGAAGAGUUAUGCAGAUGUAAGAAGAAGACCAUUGGAAUUCCAGGUUGGGGAGAAUGUGUUUCUAAGAGUUAGUCCUACACCGGGUAUUAUUGGGACACACUAUAUUGGGUCAUUUGAAAUUCUUCAACGAAUUGGAGAAGUAGCAUAUCGACUAGCUCUACCAACAAAAUUUGCAGCCAUACACAAUGUGUUUCAUGUAUCCAUGCUUCGUAAUUACAAUGUUGAUCCGUCCCACAUCAUCGAAUGGAGAGACUUGCAACUGAACGAAAAUGUUUCUUAUGAAGAAAAACUGUUGCGCAUAGUCGAAUCAAAGGAACAAGUUCUUCGGAGGAAAACCAUCAAAACUGUAAAGGUGCUCUGGCAACAUCAUGGUUCUGAAGAGGCAACUUGGGAGCUGGAGUCUGAGAUACGAGACAAAUAUCCGGAAUUACUGAGAGGUAAUUCUUAA